UCCCGGCCGGGCCUCUCCCCCCUCCCUGCUCACAAAUAUCACCGGGCACGGGGACAUUAACAGUCAGUCACUGUGUGUGUGUCGAGUGGAGUGCAGCGGCGUGAAGUGAAACGAGGUCACCUCACCUCACCCACCUCCCACGAAUACCCAACCCAACACCCACACAGCUCUACUAGCUGGCUUGCUUGCUUGGCUGCCCUGCUCUCUCCCGCACCCGCACUCUCGCUCGGCCCAUGGGCGUUGGCCGCGGCUCUUGCUGCAGCCACUGAAGACGCCCGCCCGCGGCUCCUCCCCCGCUGCUCAUGGCAGGAGCUCAAUGCGCCGCCACAGCUGGGCCGCGCGCCGCCGCGCCGCCGCCGCUCCUCCUCGCCCUACUCCUGCUGUGCGCCUUCCUCUGCGCCGUGCUCGUGCUGCUCGCGCCGGCGGCUCGGCAGCACGGGGACGACAGCGACGAGACGGAGGAGCUCCACGCCGCGUCUUCUCCGUGGGGCCGCCGCGACCUCCCGCGCCCGGCAGCCGCGGCGGCGUGGCGGCCCCGGCCGCGCGGGAGGUGGAACUCCGCGGGGCAGGGGCUCCGGGACGGCAAGCACGAGGUCCCCAGCGGCCCCAACCCGGACUCCAAUCGGUAGGCGGAGGCCAGAGAGAGGUAGGUGGUAGAUCCGUGACGUGAGCCCCGCCCGCCGUCCGUUUUCGUUCCGGCGAGCGGUGAUGGUCGAAGGCUCGAAGCCCAGCUCCUGUUCCUCCUGGUGGUCGCUCGGCCGUGUAGCUAGGCGUCUCGUGUCAGCUUGUUCUUUUUGCUUAUAUCUUCUGUCUUCUUAAUUCUUCUCCGCCUCUCCUCUCUUUCUUCUUUAUCAGAGAUGAUGAAAAUGGAUGUACAAAAAGAUGAGCAUCGAACGCGCGCGUUACUACUACUUGAUAAACUUCCGCUAUUGCUGCUGUGCUCAA